CGCUUUCAAUUUUCAUCAUCUUUGCUGCAAUGGAGUAGCUAACGUGUAGAAACCCAGCUUUCUUCUUCCAGCAGCAGUUUGCUUUAUUGCUGUUUUCUCUCUCCAUAGUUGCAGGUUUCUUUUUAGGGUGUGCAGUUACCUUUCGUUUUCUCUAUUAUGCAUUGAUAGAUACAUGAGAAGUCCGAGUUGCUCUGUUGGUCCUUGGCUGCUGGGUAUUGAAAGUGAUAUUAGUCAUUGAUGGUCUCAUUUUUGUCUCUUCUUAUCCGCGUUUUUACUGUUUUAUGUUAGAAUUGUGGAUGGGUUCGACUUUGGAGGGCCCUAUCUUACAUCUCUAUCUCGCUCAGAUUUAGGGGUUUUUUUUGCAGGAAGGAAUGCAUCUCAAUUACCUCUCUUUUCAUUUACCUCCCGAUCAGAUCAGAUCGGAUUGAGCUUUUCAACAAUACCCAUUCCGAGAUUUAACGAUUGAGAAGUCAGCUCUUCAACUUCAUCAAUUUCAAUCAUGAAGGAUUUCCCUUCUUGUUUCGGUGAAAAUGCGGUUCAAGUUUCGGAUUUUUCGUCCUCCAGUAGCAACAAAAGUGCUCAUAAUUUGGUGACGAGUGUUUAUCAGUGCAGAUUUGGUCGUCGUUCCUGCUUGAUUACAGUUGGGUGGAGUAAAAACUUGAUGGGUCAAGGCUUUAGUGUUGGAAUUGACGAUAAUAGGGAUCAAUGUCUUUGUAAGAUUGAUGUAAAACCCUGGUUGUUCUCUAAGAGGAAAGGACUUAAAACUGUUGAAGCAUAUUCAAGUAAGAUUGAUAUUUAUUGGGAUCUAUCCUCAGCUAAGUUCGGAUCAGGACCUGAACCAUAUGAGGAUUUUUUUGUUGCAAUUGUUAGCAAUCAAAAAAUGAUUUUGCUUCUAGGAGACAUGCCAAAAGAAGCCUACAAGAAAACAGUUGCCACACAUUCUUCAAGUAGUAGUGCUCAUCUGUUUUCCAAAAGAGAACAUAUUUAUGGGAAGAAGAUUUUCAACACUAAGGUUCGAUUCCUCAACAAUGGCCAGCUCCAUGACCUUGUAGUUGAGUGUGAUACUGUCGGUGUUGAUGAACCAUGUCUGGUGAUACGAGUAGACAACAAAAACGUUAUGCAGGUGAAGAGGCUGCAAUGGAAAUUUCGGGGUAAUCAUACUAUUUUGGUUGAUGGAAUAGCCGUGGAAGUAUUUUGGGAUGUUCAUAACUGGCUUUUCAGUUCAUCACAUGGAAAUGCGGUUUUUAUGUUCAAGAGCAACCUCAUGUCUGACCAAGAUUCACCUUCUUUAUCUUGGUCUUGGUCGUCUCAAAGAGCUCUUGAUACCCGAACGCAAAAUCAUGGUCUCUCGCUGGUUUUAUAUGCUUGGAAGAGUGAAUAAUGAUUCUUCAAGUGAACACUCUCUAACAAACACUUUCCUCUACUUGUGAUUGAUUUAGUUAAUGUAUGAAAUAGAUUAUGAUUCCAUUUGUUGUCUUAUUUGUUCUUAUUGACUGAGAAUCUUGCGCAACUUAAUCAAUCAUACAAAAGAAAUGUUAUUAUUAUUGAUUAAGUUUAAUUGCUUGUUAGA